AAAAACACUUCUUUCACGGUAUCAACGCAGCCCGCGAAGAAAGCGGGGGGCAUGGUGGCCGAUGGAGUCGAUGUUAGAAAAGUUUUUUAGAAGUGCGUGUGUGUGUGUGAGAGAGAGUCUGUGUGUGAGAGAGAGUUUGGAGAGCUGACGCCGGCAGUCUGGGCCACUUGGCCAGCGCAAAGGAAAAAGGAAAACUACUUCAGUGCUGCCCGAGGAGGAGGAGGAGGGGGGGGGGGGAGAACCGAAACGAAACUUUUGGGCUAAUUAACCCUUGUUUUUAGAAAGAACGAGAUAAAGCAAAACAGCGGGGACGCGUAUUUCACAUAAGUCGUGCCGCUUGCUUCGCCGUUGCGUUUGGACUCUCCGCUUUGUGGUCCCGAUUUCUCCGCUUUCCCGAAAGAAUGUGUUUUUGUCUCCGAGGACUUCAGAUGGAGUAGGGCAGUUCAGUGAAUUUCUCCAUGAAUGUACGUCACAAUGAUGAUGACAGACCAGAUUCCACUGGACUUGGCUCCGCCCCCCCUCCUGAACGAGGUCUCUCUCAUGCCUCACAUGGUUAACGGUGACGCAGCUCAGCAGGUGAUCCUGGUGCAGGUGAACCCGGGGGAGACGUUUACCAUCCGGGCGGAGGACGGCUCACUGCAAUGCAUCCAGGGUCCUGCUGAGGUCCCCAUGAUGUCCCCAAAUGGAUCAAUCCCUCCCAUCCACGUCCCCCCAGGAUACAUCUCACAGGUGCUGGAGGAUAACACAGGGGUCCGCCGGGUGGUUGUGACCCCCCAGUCUCCAGAGUGUUACCCUCCCUCUUACUCCCCGGCCCUCUCUCCCACACACCACCUGCCCCCUUACCUGACCCACCCUCAUUUCAUCCCCAACUCCCACUCUUUUUACCCCCCUGUCAGUCCCGGGGAUCUGCCCCCCCACCAGUACUACCAGCACCACCUUCCCCCCAUGUAUGGAGAUCCAGAAAUCAUCCCAGUGUACGGGAUGUCUAACUUCAUAGGCAGAGAGGAGUACAGUAAGCCACAGCCCAAAAAGAUAAAGGAACAGAGACAACUAGAGCGACAGAAUCGACUUAACUCUCCUCCCUCCACUCUGUAUAAGGGCAGCCUGGGGCCAGCACACAACGGAUACAGCAACAAAUCACACGCCCCGUCGCUCGGGUCAGUGGGGUCGGGGGGCGGAGUCGGCAGCCCAGGUGGGAAGAAGCCGGAGAGACGACUCCGCAGCAGUCCACGAAACAGUGAACCAGACGCACACACACAAGAUCAUGAUUCAGAGGGGAAACGAGUCCAAGACAUGCUGUCUACAAUCGACAAACCACAGGUGUCCAAUGUGCAGGCGCGGGCUGCACGACUCUCCUGGGCCCCCCCGGCAGGGCUGGUGAACAGGCAUGGUAACGGGAUGCCUGUCUCCUGCUCCUUCGAGGUCUCUCUCUCAGACAAGGGACGAGACGGAAAGUAUCGCCCAAUAUACAGUGGGGAAGAAUUGGAGUAUCUUGUGAAGGACCUAAGGCCAGCGACAGACUACCAUGUACGGGUGUCUGCAAUGUACAACUCGGUUCGAGGCUCGUGUUCAGAGGCCGGUUCGUUCACCACACACUGCAGCGUCCCCGACGUCCCAUUAGCCCCGAAACUCUCCCAUCGCACCAAGAGCACCCUCACCCUACAGUGGAAGCCCCCAGGCGACAACGGAUCCAAAAUCACAAACUACCUGCUCGAGUGGGAUGAGGGAAAGAAGAACAGUGUUUUCAGAGAAUGUUACUUUGGGAGCCAGAGACACUAUAAGCUGACCCGGCUGUACCCCGCCUGCGGCUACACGUUUAGAGUGGCUGCACACAACGAUAUUGGCACAAGUGGCUUCAGCACAGAAGUGGUGUUUUACACCAUGGGCACCCUGCCCGCUUUGCCCUUGGCACCGCGGCUUGUCAGGGCGGGGGUGUCCUGGGUGACUCUGGAAUGGGGGCGUCCCGAGGGCAGUCCGAGCGAGGAGCAGCUCAAAUACACACUUGAGAUCCAGGAAGACCACACCGGAACAGACUUUCAUCCGAAGUACACUGGAGAAAACUUGACCUGUACUGUACAAGGCCUGAAGAGGAGUACACAGUAUAAAUUCAGGCUCAUCGCAUCAAACGUGGAGGGGAAGAGCAGUCCCAGUGAAGUGUUGGUCUGCACCACCAAUCCAGACAAACCCGGCCCUCCGUCUACACCCUGUGUCACCGCAGCGACGCCCUACGGAUUUACAGUCACAUGGGAUCCUCCCCAGGACAAUGGAGGCUCCGAGGCUCUUACAUACCUGCUAGAGAUCGCCGAGGGAUGCUCUGAAGCGAGUCAGUGGGAGGUAGCGUACAGCGGCCCAGCAACAGAAUGUGUGUGUGAGCGGCUGACACCCGGGACCUUCUAUCGCCUACGUGUGUGUAGCAUCACCACCGGAGGACACAGCCCCUGCACAGUCAGUGUCCCGGUCCGUACAUUAAGCAUCCCACCAGGGCCCUGCCAGCCACCAAGGAUUGUGGGUAAAGCCAAGCACAAGGAAGUGCAGUUAGAAUGGGAACCCCCUGUCUCCGAGGGAGUGUGCGAGGAGGGUGUGUUUAGUCUGGAGAUGAGUGAGGGGGACACGAAGCCAGAAGAGGUGUAUCAUGGGUCAGAGCUGCAAUGCACUGUGGGUAGUCUGCUACCAGGUGCCACGUACAGCUUCAGACUGAGGGCCGCCAACGAGGCUGGGUUCGGAGCUUACUCAGAGGCAACAGAAGUGACGACUGCAGCAGGUCCUCCUGGCCAAUGCGGGGCGCCACUCAUCGCCUUCACCAGUAAUACCUGCGUAACGCUCAACUGGGAGAGUCCUGAGGGUUCGGGUUCAGACAUCUCAGAGUAUCGUUUGGAGUGGGCGAGGGAAGAGGAACCCAUGGAGCUCAUCUACUGCGGCUCUGCCACACAGUGUGAACUGUCAGACCUGACGCCUGCCACAGAUUUCUGCUGCAGGCUACAGGCGGUGAAUCAGGCCGGUGCCGGUCCGUACAGCGAGCAGGUGAGUUUCCGGACCCCUGCGACAAACCCGGACCCGGUCUCUUCCCUCACCCUCAUGGAUCUCCCGACCACCUCGGAGUCGGGUCACUCCCCGUCUACCUGCCUCCUCCUGAAGUGGGACGAGCCAAACAGCAACGGGGAGGAGAUCUCGUCCUACGUCAUCACCCUGGACGACCAAAGCAUCACAGUGGAAUCAGGGACGAGUCACCUUGUUACGGAUCUGCAGCCAGACAGCGAAUACAGUGUACAGAUCCAGGCUGUGAAUGCCAUCGGCUGCAGUCCCAUGAGUCUGCCCCUGCUCGCGAGGACACGCCCCCUCCCUCCAGCCCCGCCCCCUCUGGAAUGCUCGGCGGCCGGCCCUCAGAGCCUGAAGCUGAAGUGGGGCGAAAAUGCCAGCAAUACGCACACGCGCGCCCUGCUAGCCGAUGACAUGGUGUACACACUACAGAUGGAGGACAACAAGAACCACAGGUUUGUGACGAUCUACCACGGUCCCAGCCACACCUACAAGGUCCAGCGGUUGACCGAGUCCAGCAGCUACAGCUUCAGAAUACAGGCCAUCAGUGAUGCUGGAGAGGGUCCUUUCUCUGACACGCACACCUUCUGCACCACCAAGUCUGUUCCCCCUGCCCUAAAAGCUCCAAGAGUGCACCAGCUGGAGGGGAACGUGUGCGAGAUCACAUGGGAGACAAUCCAACCAAUGAGAGGCGACCCUGUGAGCUACGUGCUGCAGGUGCUGGUGGGACGCGAGUCAGAAUACAAACAGGUUUUCAAGGGAGAGGAGGGCAUGUUCCAAAUCACUGGUCUCCAGGGCAACACGGACUAUCGUUUCCGCGUUGGCGCCUGCCGCCGCUGCCAGGAUACGUGCCAGGAACUGUGCGGACCACUGAGCCCCUCCUCCUUCUUCACGCUGCGCCGCCAGGAGACGGCAUCGUCGGGAGAGCUCUGCCCCGUCGAAUCGGGCAAAGGAGCGGGCCUGAUCUCCAGCGACGAGCGCUUCGCGGCGCUCAUCGUGUGCGUGUUCGCGGGCUUCUCCAUCCUCAUCGCCUGCUUGCUACAGUACUUCUUCAUGAAGUGAGGGAAUUUUAACUAUAGGAUAGAAAGAGAAAGAAAAAUCACAGUCUAUGAAAGAAGCGAAUGAAAUCAAAACAAACACUUGAGAUGUACUUCUAAGGCGAUGUUUGUGGUUUUUUUUUUGGUUUUUUUUAGUCAAAGUAUCGAUUCUGGCUUUCCUCACCUUGUUCUCGUCGUCUUCUGCCGUCACUUUGUUCAGUCUCAUUUCACUCUGUGUCUCUGUUGUCUUUGUAUCACUGUCUAAAUCAUGUGUUGAGGAUUUCUGUCGAGGGGAGCUUCGUUUUAGCUGUACCUCGGCUGGGAAAUAAAACUGAUAAUCAAGCCUUAAAAAUAGCUGUGAGCAAAGCAGAUGCUCCUCAGACUGACUUGCAUGUUUUUUUGGGGUUUUUUUGUAUCUUUUUAAAAACAUUAUUCAAGAUUAGAAAAUGUGUAUAUUUCUUGACGGUCAUUGCCUUAAUUUUUGUUUCAUUUUUACAAUGUGUAAUUACAUUUUUUUUUUUUUUUUUUUUUUUUUGCAGUCUGUAUCCAUUUCAGCCAUAUUCCAAUGUAGGCCUUCAAAGCUUUAGCCGUUCAUACCUUAUAACUCAGUUUGUUGCUACUCUACAGGCUGUCAGUCAAUUCAUGCAAUCUGCGCCUGCUCUCACACACAGACUGACAGAGACACAACGCAAACACACACACACACACACACACACACACACGCACAUUAUACAAUAACACUCAUGCAAUGACAUCAGAAACACACAUAUCCGCUCAGCUUUGAACACUCAAAUCACUCACUCAUUCAGCAACCAAAGUGAUGCAAUUCAUGUGUGGUGUAAGAUGCUGCUAUCCUGUGAUUUUUAUUAUAUCUAAGAAAGAAUGGAAAACCAGUUAUCUAAUAUAUAUAUAUACACAAUAUAUAUAUAUAUAUAUACAUAUAUAAAUAUAUAUUAUAACAAAUAUCUAUGAUGCUAUAGAAGUGAUGUUAUAUAAGUGAUGGUAAUGUAAGGUCUGAACUACAGCGUGAAAGGGAGAGAAGUCGACUCUAGGUGCUCACAAUCAGCAGCUCUGAGGUCAGCUCUGCAUCUCGUGCAAACGCUUUGAAGGAGCCCUUAAACACUGGUCUCAGAUCAGAUGAUGAACCCUCGUUGGUAUACGAAUGCCGGGGGGGCCUAAACUGGUCGAUCCUGAACGGCUGCAACUUACCAGGAAAGAGCUUGACUUGGCAUUUGAUUGGCUCUUUGUCAGUCCUUUGAUUUUCUACCAUCUCAUCGCUCUUGCCAGUUUUUUGUUUUUUUUAUCUGUAGCUGUAGCCGCAGACCCAGAGGUGCUAACAAGCCUGCCAGCUAGCUGCCCUUCUCAGAGCUGUGUGUGUGUGUGUGUUUGUGAACCAGGAAAAGUUGUUAGCAUUGAGCUUUAGCUUCAACCGCCUUUCGAUUUAGCAAAGCCAGAGCAGCAGUGCUCAAGCUGUAGUUUCCUCUUCCACCUAGUCUGUGAAUCGAUACAUUUGAAGACUCUUCUCCUCUUUCUCCUCUGCUGCCAUUAAUUACCUUUCUGCUCUGGCUGCUCCUCUCCUGCUUUAGAUACAUCCCAUCUCUCUGCCCAUGCACUACUCUCUCUCUCUCUUUUCUUAAUUUCUCUCUCUCUCUUUAAAAGGUGCUUUAUUGACAUGUAAUGAGAGCAAGUAGCAAGUCUGCCGUGUCACCUCAGACCGACAUGUUCUCUGGGGGACUAAUGAUCACUAACCAAACAAGCCUUUGACAGAACACUACUCAGCAGACAGAACAGGGCAUUCUGACACAUGUUAACACCCCCUGACCCUCCCACCUGACUCCUGAAACCCCGACCUGAAACACAAAGCCAAGGUACAGCCCGAUACACACACACCCUGAUGAUCCAAAGAAGUCACCCUGACCUGAGUGAUUAAAGUGUGACAUGUCUAUUUUUAUCAGGCGGGGUGCGAGGGAAAAAAAAAAAACAGGAUGGGAUGAGGGGGGGGGGGAUUAGGUAAAGAGGCGGGGCUGUAGCUGAGCCCCGCCUCUCUGCUCUGAUUGGCAGCCUGUAACGUACCUCAGGGAAUAGGCCUUACAGAGGGGAGCUCCACAACUUGUCGUCCCCAUCGCUGUCAUCAUUUUCAUAGAAACAGCCUCUUCUUCCUCCGUCUUCCUCCCUCUCUCUCUCUCUUUUUCUUUUCUUCUUUUAUUUGUUGAUGCUGUAUCUCGUCCUCUGUCUUUGCUGUGCCUUGCUCCUGUAUGUCAGUAAGCAAAGUGGUUUACUAGCUCAAAAAAACCUUUGCCAAAGUUGAUGGGAAAGUUAAGGUAGAGUUCUUUUCUAGGUUUAUUUAUACUAUAUAUUUGCAUACAGUACUUUACAUGCCAAUUACAGUGCAAUCUUCAUUUAUUUAUUGUUAAAGAUUAAGAGACAAGUGUAGUUAUAUACUAAUUUUUUUCCUUGUAGCAUGUUUUUUUUUUCUUUUUUUAAUUUUUUUUAAAUGGAUGUAUGUUAGAUUGUAUGAUUAAGGCCAGCAUUCCUUAUCUCAGUAACCCUUUAAGUAUUUCUCCUACAGCUGUUGGGAACCUGUAGCUCAUCAGUCCAUGCAUUGCAGUUAUCAUUGCUGUUUCAAACAUGUAACCAAAUGCCUUUAUGUUUUGUUUGAUUUUUUUUUUUUUUUCAUCUCUUGUCUCGGCCAUGCACAGCCGAGCAGUUCUUGUAAUGCUUAGAGAGACAUGUAGCAAAGUCGGGCCUUAAGGUCAGUUCACUUCACCUGUAUUGGGAUAAACGUUGCUGCCUUUGGCUUCUUUAUUUUGUAUUUUUCCUGAUUAGUGUUAUAAUGAAGCUUCUGAUAUCUUUUGACUGUUUUAUUGCCAAAGCGCAGGCUUCUCGUGUCCACUAGAUGUUGCGUUUCGCAGUUGUCUAAAGGGUUCUGUGAUGUUCUUCUGCAACGACACAGCAUUACAAUUAUUACUAUUGUUAUUAUUAUUCUCUCGAAAGGAAAAAAAAAAAACAUUAACUUGAUCUGUGAUUAUGCUUCUUUUCAUAUUAUCUUUUAUCGUUUGUUUUGUAAAGCAAAUUGUGCCAUUUUUAAAAAUGUGUAGCCCCCCUUUAGGAGGAGAGUAUCGCAGCCUGAUUUCACACAGAAAGGUUAUGAAAAGAAAAAAGAGGCAAAAACAAUCAUUCAGUGAUUUCAGGCGGAUGACGACAAUAAUAAUAUUGACGAUUCCUUGUUCAGGCUAGUGCUGGUAUAGCAGUAGUGAGUAUUUUGUAUCCAGUAUUUUGCUAAGAGAUGAUAUACAGAGAUAUCUAUAGAGCUAUAGAAUGAGAUGGUAAUCCAUUAUGACUAACAGAGUUGAAGCACUUUUUAUAUGCCGAGCAUUAGCAUUAAUGAGGUUUAAUACGAGUGGGGGGAGACCAGAGGUCCUCCGCUCUGUUCCAAACACUACUGCCAACGCCGUCUGUUACAUUCAUUGGCAUUACCGUGCCGUUGGCGUCACUGUGACAUUGGCAUUACUGGAGCACUGUUCUGUGCUUGUCAGACGGCACCGUGCUCCCUGCAGAAUGCAAUCUACGGCAACAAAGGAAGUUCAAAGGGAGUCCAGUGCCUCUCUCAUGGCGUCGACCUUUUCCUGUUGCAUUGUUGUCUACAGGUGAUGUGUGACGUGUCCUGUCCUUAAAACCCUGAUGUUAUGUUGCCCACCCACAGCCCCCCCCCCCCCCCCCCCAUUACCCCCUUUUUUCAAGCCUUAAUGCCCGGAUGGGAGAGCUGAGGUUCACCUUGGCCGAGCUCAGGCCAGUCAUGUUAGUGUUUUACAGCCAGGGUUAACAAAGAGUUAACUGAAUGGUUGUUUUUUUGUGGGCAGGGUACUCCCUUUUAUGUGCUUUUAUGUUUUUUAUUUGGUUUCAAAUGCUGGCGAUUUUGUAGACACCCCGCCCUCCCAAAACCCCCCACAUCGCCCCCUACCUGCAGGUCCUGCACAUUUGGCGGGUAUGUCGAGAAAGAGAGACAAUUAUUAUUUUUUUAAAGCCCAGAAAAGCCCCCCCCCCCACACACACACACACGUCUGUGCCUUCUGAUCAGUUAAUUUUCUUCUUUUUAAUUUUUUUCUUUGUUUUGUUUAUGUUUUGUACGUUUUACAGUAAGUAGAGAUUUUGACUGAGAAUUUGGCGAUUUGACAAACACACAGAGACUCACAGGUAUUUAACUAUUUUUUAAGCGAGACAAAAAAAAGAAACAUAUUUUUACCUCACGAUUUAAAACAAACAUUCCAAUGUUGUCAUGGUCUACGAAUUGAAAAAAAGAAAAAAAAAGAAAUUCAUGCAUUUCUUCUUGUAUUGUAAAUGUUAGACAAUUUCAUAUGCAUUAUAUAAAAGAAACUGCCAUAUCAAUUUUAAUGUAUAGAUUUUUGCAAAUACUACCCUAUGUAUGUAAGACGUAACUGUAUCGGUAGCGUAUAUAUAAUAUAUUUAUGCCCAAUAAAUGUUUUGAUUUUUUUCUGA